UUGUGGAUUUGGAUUGGUUUUAACCUCGUCACAAAAGUGCACGGUUAUGCCAGUGGUUACUUCCCAGAUGCGUGUGAAGAUAUGUUACCUAAGCAUAGGGGUAGAAAUGGGGUGUACUAUAAACCUCUGAACACUAUAUUGCCCUUUGAUGUCGAUUACGAACCCAACACAGCAGGAGACGCUAUUGUAGUUACUCUCCGAAGCAAUGCCUCUACACAGUUCAGAGGAUUUAUGUUGGAGGCUCGAGACGGCGACACAGACCAUAUUGUUGGACAAUUCCACCUGCUUCAGUCUGAUAGGACUCGACUCCUGACAUGCAAUAAUAGAGCAGGAAGUGCUGUCAGUAACAAAGGGAAUAUAAGAAAGACUUCAAUUAAAGUUCAAUGGAAGCCACAAAAGGGGAUCAAAAAUAUCAUUUUCAGAGUCACAUUUGUUGAGUCUCUUGCCAGAUUCUGGCAACCAGUGAAUGUCAUUUUACCUCCAACCACCACACCAAGCACAACCACUAGUACUACAACACUAAGCACGACCACUGGUACUACAACACCAAGCACGACCACUGGUACUACAACACUAAGCACGACCACUGGUACCACAACACCAAGCACGACCACUGGUACUACAACACUAAGCACGACCACUGGUACCACAACACCAAGCACGACCACUGGUACUACAACACCAAGCACGACCACUGGUACUACAACAUCAAGCACGACCACUGGUACCACAACAUCAAGUACGACCACUAGUACCACAACACCAAGUAUGACCACUGGUACCACAACAUCAAGUACGACCACUGGUACUACAACACUAAGUACGACCAUUGGUACUACAACACCAAGUACUACAACAAGUUCAAAGACACCAAAGCCAAGUACUGCAGAACCAGACAAGACCAGCAAACAACCUUUUAACCUAUUAGGGGGAGUAGGUACUGGGGUGAUGAAUCUCAGAAGUGCUGUGGUGGUAGUCAGAAUGGAACUGCCCAAUUUAUAUUUGAUCACCCUUGUCAACAGCCCCUGCUCUCACCAUCUAAGUAAGGUGUUAAAGAUAUUAUGCUGUCUGUUUUGUGCGGCAGUUGAAAUAUUGGCCCUGAUCUUGUUUUGUUUGGCUGAUUCCAUAAACAUCACUCUUGUUGCUCUUUUGUGUGUGGCAAUGGCGAUUAAUUUCAUAGAGCUGGUAAUCAUCUGUCUGCCUAUUGGACCCAGUCACGAACUAAAAGAGAUAUCCGAUUUUAUUGUCCAAGUGUGCUCUGCCAUCCAUGGGAUUUUUACAAUUGCUGUCAUCUUUGUUGGUGUUUUGGAGAAUGACAACUGUGGAAAGAACAGGAAAGACUCCUGGCUUUUAAAAGUGAUGAUUGCUUACUCAGUGUGGAUACUCCUGUUUGUAAUUUGUUUUCUCAUGGGAAGCACUCAAAGAAAAACAAUACUGGGAAGAAGCAAAAAGAAAAAGAGGAGACUCGCUGCAGCCAAAGGGAUUAAUGCACUCUCAGUGUUCUUCAUGUUUGGAACAAUAUGUUUUGCUGUAGCUGUCACUUUUGGAGUAUUUUGGUGUCAAGAAAAGUAGGCGUGUGCAUAAAAGUGUGUUGGUACUUUGCAUGUAAGAGUCAGUUUCAGUUUUAUGUAUGCAUGCACAUGCUUAAAAGGGCAUACUUUUUACUUGUAUGUAUUUGAGCUUGACACUUGUUUUUGCACUAUUCUCUUUACUGUGUGUUUUGUACAUUUACUUCUGCUGUGACCUGCAAAUUCUAUCCUCCUCUGGGAUAAAUAAAUACAUCUUUUUAUAUCUAAAUAGCAGCCUUUGUAAGGAUCAUUAGGUUUUGCCUUAAAAGGGGGCCCAAAAUUUUAAACAUCAAAAACUAAAUUUUUCUGCACUGGUGAAUUUUUGUAACAAUUUGUGCAUUUUCUGCAUCAAUAUAUAUAGUGUAAAUGUGCUUUAAUAGCUUUAUUGGGGAGGACAAAUGUCCAUGUUGUAAAUAUCAAGGGGGACGUGCAUCCCACCUGAAAUCUGUGCUUAUAUUAAAAUGUAUGUUGAUAUAACAUGAAAUUAUGUUUUUUUUUUCUUUUUGAUGUCAUAAGACAUGUAAAUACCACAUGUUGAUUCCAGUCUCAUAAUAAAAGUAAAGUCCCAGUUUGAAAAUGCUUAAUUCAU